AUGUUUAGAGCAUGCGGAUUUGUGAGGCGAAUGGGCACCACGGGGGGGGGCUAUUCCCGCCGACCUGAGGGUAACUCCCCCUUCAAUGAUGAAUUUCUGAAAAAGGCGUUCGAAAGGAUAUCCAUGGGAUCUCCCUCACCGUCGUCAUCAUCGUCAUUUUCGUCAUCUUCACCUGCAUCAUCAGUGGCCCCCCCGAGGGCCAAAAUAAACAGCGUCCUAAACUUUCUGCUGUGCUCCAAGAUCCUGCAUACCAAAUGGUCCAAGUUAGAAUUAAUUGAUGAGCUAUACAAACGGAAGAUUGACAAGACGCUUUCAUUCCAUUUGAACGUUUUGUAUGGGUUGGGUUCCAAGGGGAUACACUUAAGGAGGAAGGGGAUAAUAUCGCCCGUGCUGUUUCAACCCCUGCUGGAUUACAGCCAGUUUGUUUACAUUGUGCAGGUGAUGAAAAUUGCAGACAGGGAGAGACAAGCUGGAACGCAAGAGCAGGCCGAUUUCGUUCGGAGCUUCUUCAGAGGGUAG